AUGCCUGUUGCUGUCGAUGAUACUACUACCAUCUUCACACCCAUCAAACCCACACUAGCCAAGCCUACCACCAUCUCUAUACCCGUCAAAUCCACCACUAUCUCCACACCCGUCAAAUCCACUACUAUCUCUACUGCUAUUACCAAGAAGUCCAACAUCAAGCCCAAUACCAUUACCUCCACCACUAAAAAAAUCAUCAAGCCUAACAUCACUACCUCUAUCCCUAAAAAAAUCACGCCUUCUCAAUUAAUGUGUGAAGCUGAUCAAAUUUCAAAAAGGCAAGACGAGUUAGAGACGAUUAUUAUUGAGCAAAAAGACAAAAUUGAUGAAAUUUUAUCAAAAUUCGAAGAGCAUAAAUUCAAUACAGAAAUCGGGAACAGCAAAAAGGAGGGUAAAGAUAAAGGAAAGAAAAAUAGAAUCGAAUUUUAUCAAUUAUUUCACGAAUACAAGCAACUAACAGAUAAUGAACUUAAAGUACGCCUAAAGGAUGAUGAGGAUGAGCAGUACGAGGAGGAAAAAGAAGUACAGGAUAGCUCGCAAUACAGUGAAUAUGCUUCCACUGAUAAAGAGUUAUACAAUCUUUAUCAAAGCCUAGAAAAUGAUGCGAAUUUUAUGGAUUAA